UCUCUUGCCUAUCUUCUUGGUUUCAGUUUCUUGCUCCAUUUCAAUUAUUUUCUCGUCCAUCUCCUUUCAUCAGUCUUCAACAUGGAAAUCAACAAGGAGAUGUGCCGCAAGAUGAAAGUCGUGUUCGUCAUGGGAGCAACCGGAACCGGAAAAUCUCGCCUCUCCAUCGAUCUGGCCACCCGUUUUGCGGCCGAGAUCAUCAACUCCGACAAAAUCCAAGUGUACAAGGGACUGGACGUCGUCACCAACAAGGUCAGCGAGCAGGAACGCCAAGGCGUGCCCCACCACUUGCUCGGCGACGUCGAUCCCGACUCCGACUUCACCGCUCACGACUUCUGCCUCCGCGCGCUGUCCGCCAUGGACGCCAUCACAAGCUCUGGCCGGAUUCCCAUCAUCGUGGGUGGGUCCAACAACUACAUCGAGGCGCUAGUGGAGAGUCCAGAGUACAAGUUCAAGGCCAAGUACCAACCCUGCUUCAUAUGGUUGGACGUCUCGGUGCCGGUUCUUCACGCCCACGUUUCGAAACGGGUCGACCAGAUGGUGUCGGCGGGGCUGCUGGAGGAGGUUCGUGAAGUAUUUGUCCCGGGAGCUGAUAACAGCAAGGGCGUUCGCCGCGCCAUCGGGGUGCCGGAGCUGGACCCGUACUUGCACGCUGAGAGUACUACUGCCGGCACCGAGGAAGAUAAGAAGAGAAGGGAGGCUCUUCUGUGGUCGGGCAUUGAAGCCAUUAAGGCAAACACCUGUGAACUGGCGUGCAGCCAGAUCUGGAAGAUCCAGCGGCUGAGGAAGGAGCUCGGAUGGGCGAUGCAUCGGAUCGAUGCGACGCAGGUGUUCGAGAAAUCGGGGAAGGAGGUGGACGAGGUGUGGGCAAAGGCGGUGAGGGAACCGAGCUUGGAAAUAGUGGGUGACUUUUUGGCUAAGGAAGAAGAGAACCAUAACGACGCUGCAUUGUUGACGAACAAAGCAAAUUGAUGAUGCAGUAUACGACAGUUUGUGUUAUUAUGGAUCCAUGCAUUAGAUCAAUUAGUAUUGUUAUAUAUUUUAGUGUAAGAGUUCCAUGGACGGGGAAGGAAAGGGAGAUGGGCUACCUCCCGUUGUGUAGCCUUAGUGGGUAUAGUUGUUUUUUUUUUUUUGGGUAUUUUAUAAAUUAAGUAUUAUUAAAAAUAAAAA